AUGGAGAGGACCCUCACCAUCCUGCAAGUGAGCCUGUACCACUCCACGCCAAGCCAGGUUGCCUUUGCCAAAGUCCCACUACAGCUGCAGCACGAUACCAGUCGGCUGUUGGUGGGACGAGGGAAGGACACCCACAUCCAACUGCAGCUGCCCCAGCUGUCUCGACACCAUCUGUCCUUGGAGCCCUACCUGGAGAAAGGCAGCACUCUGCUGGCCUUCUGCCUCAAGGUACUGUCCCGGAAGAGCUGUGUGUGGGUCAAUGGGCUGCCACUGAGGUACCUGGAGCAGGUGCCCCUCAGCGCUGUUAACAGAAUCUCCUUCUCCGGCAUCCAGAUGGUAGUCCGCAGAGAGGGGGGUGACUCCCUUGAUGCCUUUGUCUGCUACUUCCGGUUCAGCUCCUCACCCCUGAUUUACAGACCCCAGGCCCAGGAGACUGACGAAUGGGAAAACGUAAAGGAAGAGACUCCUCCUGUUCGGAGGGAGGCAACUCAUGGUCUCUUGGGGUCUCCCCAUGGCUCCUCCUGGACUCAGACAGCAGUUUCCAGCCAAGCCCCAGAGGAGCAACAGAAAUAA